CUAGGCGACGAGUCCUCGCGAUACGCGCGCCUGCGACGCCAUCCUGUCUGCCUCAGCUGCGUAGCUUGUUAGUCGGCCGUCGGUUAAGCGCUUCCUUGUUCUUUGUGGGGAGUUCCGCGCAGCCGUUUGGGCCGAUCGCCUGGGGAAGUGGCAAAAUGGACUGGGCUGGGAAACAUAAUGGUCCAAAUGAUUCAUCUAGUGAUGGAACAGUACGAUUGCGUGGUCUGCCAUUUGGCUGCAGCAAGGAGGAGAUCGUUCAGUUCUUUCAAGGGUUGGAAAUCGUGCCAAAUGGGAUAACAUUGACGCUGGACUACCAGGGGAGAAGCACAGGGGAGGCCUUCGUGCAGUUUGCUUCAAAGGAGAUAGCAGAAAAAGCUCUGGGGAAACACAAGGAAAGAAUAGGGCACAGAUAUAUUGAGAUCUUCAAAAGUAGUAGGAGUGAAAUCCGAGGAUUCUAUGAUCCACCCCGAAGAAUGAUGGGACAGCGACCUGGACCAUAUGAUAGACCAAUGGGAGGAAGAGGGGGUUAUUAUGGAGCUGGGCGUGGAAGUAUGUAUGACAGAAUGCGUCGAGGAGGUGGUGGAUAUGACGGUGGAUAUGGUGGCUUUGAUGAGUAUGGUGGCUAUAACAAUUAUGCCUAUGGAAAUGAUGGCUAUGAUGACAGAAUGAGAGAUGGGAGAGGAAUGGGAGGCCAUGGCUAUGGUGGAGCAGGAGAUGCAAGUUCAGGCUUCCAUGGUGGUCAUUUUGUUCACAUGAGAGGUUUGCCCUUUCGAGCAACUGAAAAUGAUAUUGCUAAUUUUUUCUCACCACUGACUCCUAUAAGGGUUCAUAUUGACAUUGGAGCAGAUGGAAGAGCAACUGGAGAGGCUGAUGUGGAAUUUGUGACACAUGAAGAUGCAGUGGCUGCCAUGUCUAAAGAUAAAAACCAUAUGCAGCAUCGAUACAUUGAGCUGUUCCUGAAUUCAACUGCUGGAGGUGGUUCUGGAAUGGGAGGCUAUGGCAGAGAUGGCAUGGAGCAAGGUGGUUAUGGUUCCGUUGGAAGAAUGGGAAUGGGCAGCAGUUACAGUGGAGGAUAUGGGACUCCUGAUGGAUUGGGUGGCUAUGGUCGUGGCAGCGGAAAUAGUGGUGGAUAUUACGGGCAAGGCAACAUGGGAGGAGGUGGCUGGCGUGGAAUGUAUUGAAGAGUAUCAUUGUGUCUCCAAAGCGUGUUGGAAGGAAACCAUACUUGGUCUGCUAGGCUUUCUUACAAAACUUAAAUUUCUUUUGUAUUGAAAACUUUAUAUUGACUGAAGGAAUGUGUUUUCCCAUUAUUUGGUAAGCAUCAGAUUGUGAUGGGGAAAUCUGUUUUCUGUAGGUUUUAUUUGUUGCAUACUCUGACUUUAAAUAAAUUUUUUAUAUUCAAA